UCAAAUUGUCCCUCCACCUGAAGACAAUAUUUUCUUCUCCUUCCAUUAUUUUAAGAAGGCUCACAAGGAAGAAGAAAGAUGCCAUUCCAUCUCUCAAUGUCGCUGGACUUGGAAUAAACAAAAGGAAAGAUCAUCACAACUCUCUCUCUCUCUCUCUCUCUCUCUCUCUCUCUCUCUCUCUCUCUCUUGAAUUUGGCUUAAUUUCAAAGUCAUAUGCCCCUUCCACACUUCCAUAAAAAGGUCUAAGUCUCUCUUCUUGUUCCUCCAACCUACUGCAUUGAUUCUCUCUCUUUGGAACCUUUCGACCCGAUGGAAGAAGCAGAAGAUCAGGAAGAGCUCCUGAACCUGAGCCUCGCUAUUGUUUCGUCGGGUUAUGGCGAUGAGGCCCGGUUGAGGAAGAGGAAGAGAUCGAGGUCUAGGGCGGAGGAUGACGAUAAUGUCGUCUUCGGCUCCUCCGAUGCGUUUGAAGGAUGCGAGGGCAAAGUCUUCAAGCUCCUCCAGAUGAGAGAAGAAAUGCUCGGCACCGCCGAACACAGGAGGUCGAAGCAGACGAGCCCUCUCCAUGAAGACGGCAAGGGGCUCCACCUGAUCCACCUCCUGCUCAUCACCGCCACUGCGGUCGACGAGAGCAACACCAGCCUGGCCCUCGACAACCUCGCUGAGCUGUACCGCACCGUGUCGCCUACCGGCAACUCGGUGCAGCGGGUUGUGGCCUACUUCGCCGACGGGCUCGCCGCCAGGCUCCUCACCCGGAAGUCCCCCUUCCACGACGUGAUCAUGAAGAGGCCGACCUGCGAGGAGGAGUUCGUCGCGUUCACCUACCUCUACCGGGUCUCGCCGUACUACCAGUUCGCCCAUUUCACGGCCAACCAAGCCAUUCUCGAGGCCUUCGAGAGGGAGGAACAAGUUAACCACCGUGCUCUGCACGUGGUGGAUUUCGACGUGUCGUACGGCUUCCAGUGGCCUUCUCUCAUCCAAUCUCUAUCCGAAAAGGCGACGAGCGGGAAUAAGAUCUCCUUACGGAUCACCGGCUUUGGGAGGAGCCCCGAAGAGCUCCAAGAAACCGAGGGCAGGCUAGUUAGCUUCUCAAAGUGUUUCAAGAACGUAGUCUUCGAGUUCCAAGGCAUGUUACGAGGAUCAAAGCUCGUCAACCUGAGGAAAAAGAAACAAGAGACUGUCGCGGUAAACCUAGUUUUCCACUUGAACACGCUGAACAAUUCUGCAAAGAUCUCGGAGACUCUCAAGUCGGUGCAUUCGCUCAAGCCGUCGGUCGUGAUGCUUGUGGAGCAAGAGGGCAACCAAAGCCCGCGGAGCUUCCUCUCGAGGUUCAUGGAGUCCUUGCACUACUUCGCGGCGAUGUUCGACUCGCUAGAUGACUGCCUCCCCCUGGAGAGCUCGGAGAGGCUGAGCAUUGAGAAGAACCAUCUCGGCAAGGAGAUCAAGACCCGGCUGAACCGCGAGAAGGACGACGGGAGCUGCGCACGGCACGAGAGGAUGGAGACGUGGAAGGGGAGGAUGGAGACGCACGGGUUCGCGGGGGUGAAGCUGAGCUCCAAGUGCAUGAUACAGGCGAGGCUCCUGCUGAGAAUUAGGGCGCACCAUCGCCCUCUCCAGUUCGAGGGCGAGAACAGCGGGUUCAGAGUGAUCGAGAGAGACGAGGGAAGAGCCAUCUCUUUAGGGUGGCAAGGUAGGUCUUUGAUUACAGCCUCUGCAUGGCAUUGUGUAUGGUAGAGAGAGAGAGAGAGAGAGAGAGAGAGAGAUUGAUUUACAUACCAUACAGUACGUCUAACACAUUCAUCGAUUAUUAUCAUUGUUAUCGUUUUUUUUUCCCUGUAACUCCGACAUCGACUAAUGAACAAAGU